AUCAAUCUCGGUGAUUUCCUCGGCAAUGGGAUCAUAUAUGCGAGAACGCUCCUGGGGGUUCUGCACUCGGGGCUCUCGUCGGUCCAGAUCUGAAACCAUAUAUGGCCUCAAGGCUUUGUCCCGAAGAGACCGUUUCUCGCAGGCAAUCUGUUCCCAGUUCCCGGCAUUAUCCAUGGCGAUAGACUGUCCUUAGAGUAUGACUCGGAUUCAGAAGCCGGGGAGAUACAAUAGCACAGAAUAUAUAGAUGCAUUAUUAGCUAUAUUACUCACGGCGAAUAGGAAACUCGGAUGGGUGAUUGCUUUUGUUGCAUCUAUCGCCGCUGCUGUACAGGCAAACUAUCCCAGCUUUCAGUGGUGGGCCGUUGCCUACACGUUGUGCUGCAAUGUCGGUGUGAUCGUGGUAUUUAUCACUGACACUGGCCUCACGUACGGAGUAGCAGUCGUGGGGUACCUUGCUGCCGAUCUUGUUAUGAACUCAAUAUCCGCAAAUUCGAUGUUCAAUGGAAGCACUCAAACCAGCACUUCCGGUACAACAAAUCAAACUAAGAAUAUCCCCGCGUUCCAAGCCGCAGGUGCUGGUUUUAUUCUUCUGUGCAUGGUUAACAUUGUGUGGAUUUUCUACUUUGGAGCGACUCCCCAGGCGAAGCACCGCGGAUUUAUCGACUCAUUCGCGCUUAACAAAGAGCAGCACCACGGCUCGUACGGAGCCAACCGACCAAUGUCGUCUGCCUUUGGUGCUCGGCCCGAGACUACUGCAAGCCGCCCAACCCCUCAGAUGUACACAUCCGCACAGCUCAGCGGCUUCGAGACCUCGUCACCUGUUUCAGGAUACCACGGCGGGGCCCCUGGCGAGACGCGCAGCCCCUCGCAGGCCCGAUUUACCGGUCUGGCUCCGCCUAAUGCCAGCAACCCUGACACCGUUGGAGAGGUUCCUGCACCAACGGAAUACCCAUACAAGGCCAAGGCCAUCUACAAGUACGAUGCCAACCCAGAAGACGCCAACGAGAUUGGCUUCGACAAGGGCGAGGAGCUGGAGGUGUCAGAUGUCAGCGGCCGAUGGUGGCAGGCCAGGAAAGCCAACGGGGAUACGGGCAUUGCUCCAUCCAACUAUCUGAUUCUGCUAUGA